AUGCAUGCCCUCCGUCGUCUGACGCGUCCACCACCCCACAACGCGCUUGCUCGUCGUGUUCCCCGCUAUUCUGCGCUCCCUCAUGCACCCCGCACCAUCUCCUCAAAGGCCCACUCUGCUCCCUAUCCUGACCGCACCCACUCAUGUGGCUCACUCUCUCCGGACAAUGCUGGCCAGCGGGUUAUUUUGGCUGGCUGGAUCCUACCUGAACGCAAGAUGAAGACAAUUGGCAAGUCCUUCUAUCACCUCAAGGACUCCUAUGGCACCACACAGCUCCUCGUCGACCAUGCACAAGGCGACUCAUACAACACCCUCUUACAAGUACCCGUGGAAUCAACCGUCCUAAUCGAGGGUGUUGUCGAGCUGCGUCCUAUUGAUGCUAGAAAGCUUGGAAAUACUGGCGCUGUUGAUGUCCUUGUUGACCGCGUCACGUUGCUCAAUGCUGCGACCCCAGAUAUGCCCUUCCUUCCUUCCAAUCCGCACAAUCUUCCCAAUGAAGAGCUGCGAGCACGGUACCGAUAUCUCGACCUGCGUCGCUCUGCCCUGUCAGAGAACAUAAAAAAACGCAGUCAGGUGGCUCAUAUUGUCCGAAACGUCCUUCACGGUCUAGAUUUCACUGAAGUGGAGACGCCCGCGCUUCUCAGGUCUUCACCCGAAGGCGCCCGGGAAUUUCUGGUUCCAGCCCGUAACCCUGCUUCUUCCGACCCCACGCAAGGGUCGCAACGGCAGCCCGUCUUCUACGCCUUGUCCCAGUCACCUCAGCAACCCAAGCAGCUCCUCAUCUGCUCAGGUGGUGUCGAUCGCUACUUCCAGAUCGCGAAAUGUUUCCGAGACGAGGAUGGCCGAAAGGACAGGCAACCCGAAUUCACUCAGAUCGAUCUCGAGAUGGCCUUUGUCUCAUGGGGCAAGAACCAACCACCAUCACCUUCGUCCGCCGAUGAGACGAACGUCUGGCGCAUCGGUGGCUACCAAGUUCGCCAGGUGGUGGAGAAGCUGGUGCGAAAGAUCUGGAAGGAGGUCCAAGGGAUUGAACUCCCUGAAACGUUCAGGGUUAUGACCUACUACGAAGCGAUGACACGCUUUGGUUCUGAUAAACCUGACACUCGCUUUGGGCUCGAGAUCCUCAACCUGAGCGAUUUGCUACCGCACGUCAGCGACGUAUCGUCAGCGUCAUCCGAUGUCAUCCUCGAGUGUAUUGUGGUUCGCAAGUCUGGAGACUCAGCCUUCAUAAAAGCGUCGCAUACGUCCGGAGGCGAUGCAAGCACUGAACACAUAACCCUUACCGAUGCCACUCGGAAGACCUGGCUUCUGGAGAGCAAAGCCGCAUCCCAUGUGUACCCUGACAUGAACUCAGAAGACCAGACAAUCGUCAAUAAAGCACUAAAAUUAAAGGCUGGCGAUGACAUAUGGCUUUCGUACAGACCGCGAGUUCCGACGGGUGGGUCGACUGCCCUUGGCAAAGCAAGACUGCAGAUAUUCGAGCGAGCCCAGAGUCGCGGCGACUACAUCGUGACCAAGGACCCUCACUUCCUCUGGAUAACCGAGUUCCCCUUGUUCACCAGGGACGACGCUGACAAGGAACAUCUGGCCCACGGCCGCUGGAGCAGCUCGCACCACCCUUUCACAGCUCCAAUGUGGCAAGACAUCGAUGCCCUUUAUCGCGGAGAAGCAGAGAAGGUUCGUGGGCAGCACUACGAUCUCGUUCUAAACGGAGUCGAGAUCGGGGGUGGUUCUGUCCGCAUUCAUGAUUCUGCGAUGCAAGACUUGAUCUUCACGCAUAUCUUGAAGCUGGAUGACACCGAAAAGUUCCCAUUCAAUCAGCUUCUGCAUGCUCUCCAAUGUGGCGCUCCGCCUCAUGGAGGUAUAGCCCUGGGUUUCGAUCGCAUCAUGGCGAUCCUCUGCAAUACUUCCUCUAUCCGCGACGUUAUCGCCUUCCCAAAAUCAGCCUCAGGCACCGACUUGCUCUUCAAGAGCCCAGCGUCUGUCAGCAGACAGGUCCUGGAGGAGUAUGGUAUUCAACCCCAACAAUGA